AUGCACGGUAGUUCCUUUACCUAUGUUAAGGACAAUGGGAUCAAGAAGAGUAAGAUUGAUAGAAUAUUGGUAUCCCAAUGUUUCCUAAACGAUUGGCCAUCCGCUGCUCUCACCACACUUCCUCGUACCCUCUUUGACCACAGACCCCUUAUUCUCAUCACUACAAAACAAGAUUUUGGCCCCAUCCUUUUCCGCUUUUUCAACUCCUGGCUAACCAAACUUGGCAUAACUGAAGUCAUCACUUCCUGUAUCGAAUCUGGACACUUUUAUGGGAAGCCGGAUCAAAUAUUAAAUGCCAAAUUCAAGGCAUUAAAAUCUGUCCUAAAAGCCUCGAUACACGAUCAAAAGACCCAAGAGAACUUUCAAUCAUCCAUUCUCAAUGAUCAAUUGGCAGAACUCGAUGCUAUCAUUGACUUAAGAGAGUAUACUGAAGACGAGUUGUCCCUUUGGGUCGAGAUAAAGGAGAAAUUGCUUGAAUUUGAGAAAGCCAAAACUCAAGAUUACCAUCAAAAAUCUCGAGCCAAAUGGAUUAAGUUCGGUGAUGAAAAUUCUUCUUUCUUUCAUAACUACAUCAACUGCAGAAUUGCCAGGAACAGAUUCGUAGGUCUCGAAAUUAAUGGAUCUUAG